AUGCAUCAUUUAUACACCAUUCGCGAUGAGAAUCGAAUCAUCUCAGCGACGGGGGAAGGAAAAAUCCCGUUUGUGAGUGUAGAGGAUAUCGCAAAUGUGGCGCGUAAAGCACUCAUUGGGUGGAGAAGUGAUGGGUUUGAGCAGGGAUUGGUGGGGAAAGAAUUGUUUUUAAGAGGAGCAGAAUUAUGGUCUUGUGAUGAUCUUGCUGCGCUCCUGACGGAAUUGUUAGGGAGGGAGAUUCGUCAUUUGGUUGUGGGGGAAGAGGAGAUUGUUAAGGGGAUGGUGGAGGGUGGGGUGGAGGAGGGGCUGGCGGGGGUUUUGGGGGAGCUUGAUGGUGCGGUUAGGAGGGGGGAGGAGGCUUGGUUGGGGGGAGAUUUGGAGGCGGUUCUUGGGGGGAGGGCGAGGGGAAUGAGGGAGUUUGUGGAGGGGUGUGUGAGGGGUGGGGUGUGGGAUGGGAGAUUUGGGGUAGGAAGUAGGAAGUAG